AUGGUCGUGACUCCGUUGUUGCGCUUUCCCCCCGGGGUGCGCUGUAUGGGCUCUAAUCUAUAUAAGACGCCGAGCAAUAUUACAUGCAAACAUACAUGUUCCUCCCUCAAAGGUCUUCGGUCCAAUUACAGACAGCUCCAACGCUUUUCCACAGCAUCUGCAUGCCAGGAUGAAGCUCUGGACCGGACCCGGAACAUCGGCAUUAUCGCCCACAUCGAUGCAGGCAAGACUACCACUACGGAGCGCAUGUUAUUCUACAGUGGCUUCACACGGCGCAUUGGUGAUGUGGACGAAGGCUCAACAGUGACUGAUUUCCUUCCCGCUGAGCGCGCACGCGGUAUCACUAUCCAGUCGGCCGCCAUUACCUUCCAUUGGCCUCCUGGAGAGGUAAAUGGAGCGUCAGGCCCCCAGGCUGGGGCACAGAAUGAGCCAACUCCGCGGUCUGCUUACCCGCAUACUAUCAAUUUGAUUGAUACCCCUGGCCACGCAGACUUUACAUUCGAAGUCAUGCGGUCUCUGCGCAUUCUCGACGGCGCCGUCUGCAUAUUGGACGGUGUUGCUGGUGUCGAAGCGCAGACAGAGAAGGUUUGGAACCAGGCAAGCACAUAUCGCAUUCCUCGAGUCAUUUAUGUGAAUAAACUAGAUCGUGACGGAGCCGCAUUCGGCAGAACGGUGCGAGAAGUCAGCUCUCGCCUGGGCGUCUAUCCAGCAGUCUGCCAGAUACCGUGGUUCCAAGGAGGCAACGGCCCAUUUAUCGGGGUAGCAGAUGCAAUCCAUCUCCAAGGACUACGAUGGAAGGAAGGUGAGGAUGGCCGCGCUGUGAAAGUGGCCGACCUUCAGCAAUUAGAGGCAGAGGAGCCGGCCCUGGCCGCAGAGCUGCGGCGGGCACGAAUUGCCUUGAUCGAGCUGCUUAGUGAGCAUGACGAAGACAUUGUUGAGAAAUUCUUUGAAUGUGAAGAAGAUCAUCUCAUGGUCUCGUCAGCUGAUAUCAUUGAGAGCUUGCGCCGAUGUGUGUUGGAUCAGACGAGUCGGAUUGUCCCUCUAUUUGCAGGUGCCAGUUUCCGGAACAUGGGAGUUCAGCCGUUGAUGGAUUCUAUCGUGAAUCUUCUCCCCAGUCCACCCGAAGCUCCCGACCCAGAGGUGAGCAUUGGCGGUGUCAAAGGAGGUCUUCGGGACCUGCUGUCAGGCGACUUAAUUGUGGGGCAGAGCGAGAAGGCGUCUGCGCCAUCUAAAGGGAAGCAACCAAAGAGAAAGAACUUGGACUUGCAGACCAGCUCAAAAGAUGCGAUUAGCAAGCUUCAAAGCUGUGCGCUGGCAUUCAAAGUGGUCAACGACGCAAAGCGUGGAGUCCUAGUCUACGUACGGGUAUAUUCCGGCUCAUUGGAUCGCAACAGCCUUCUCUUCAACACAAACCUGCAGCUCUCCGAGCGCGCCCCACGUCUGCUGAAAAUGUACGCCAAUGAUGCCGUGGAAGUGGACUCGAUCCCUGCCGGGCACAUCGGAGUCGUAGUCGGGCUCAAACAAACCCGGACAGGCGAUACCCUCGUGUCCUACGCAGGGAACAAAGCCACUCCCCCCGAGCCACUUACCAGUCUCCAACUCCGACCAAUUGAUGUUCCACCACCAGUAUUCUUCACCAGCGUUGAGCCGCACAGCCUAGGCGAAGAGAAGCGCAUGAAAGAAUCACUCGCACUCCUCCUCCGUGAAGACCCCAGUCUCCACGUUAAUAUAGACGAAGAGUCAGGCCAGACGCUUCUAAGCGGCAUGGGCGAGCUGCAUCUCGAAAUUGCCCGUGAUCGACUAAUCAACGAUCUCAAAGCCAAGGCCACAAUGGGCCGCAUCGAGAUCGGCUACCGAGAAUCCGUACUCGGCACCUCCAGCCCAAUAACCAAGAUCUUCGACAAAGAGAUCGCCGGGCGGAAGGGUAAAGCAGGCUGCACAGCAGUCGCAGAGCCACUGGACGAAGACACCGAGUCCCAAGAGCGGGACGAAGCCACGAUCCUCGUCGAAACCUACGACGGCAACCAGAUCAUCGUCCGCGCCCCCGGUCUACAAGUUGAUCGCUCCUCCCGUAGCGAAGAAGAAACCAGCCCAUUCCUCCCACCAGGCAUGGACCUCGUCGCUUUCCGCACAGCGCUGCAAAACGGAGCCGUGGCGGCGCUCGCCCGCGGCCCUCAGUUCACCUUCCCAAUUCAUAAUACACGCGUCACACUAACUAUCGACCCGGCUGCCGACCUCUUCGGCAAUGAAACAACCACCUCGGCCCUCUCAUCUGCCGCACGCCAAGCCACUGCCGCCGCGCUGAAGGAUGUGCAGUUUGCCGCUGGGACAGUAAUGAUGGAGCCGGUGAUGAAUGUGAUUAUCAGCAUUGAUGAGGCGAGUCUCGGCUCCGUCGUGCACGACAUUUCCUCUUCCCGAGGUGGACAUAUUAUCUCACUCGACGAGGAGGUACCACUGUCAGGCACGGACGCGUCGCCGACUUCUGCGUCCGCACUUGAAGAAGAGGCGCUGCCGCCCAUUGAUCACAGCCGUGUUUAUGCGCCGCCGGACCCGUUCGAGACACCUUCUAUUGGCGCGGAGGUUCCUGUUGCUGCGAGUCGGCCGCGGACAAUUAUCGCAAAGGUGCCGCUUAAGGAGAUGGUUGGGUAUCUCAAGCAUUUGCGGAGUUUGACUGCUGGUCGGGGCACUUUUGUCAUGAGUGUUGACCGGUUUGAGAAAAUGUCUAGUCAGAGGCAGAAGGCCGUGCUCGCGGAGCUGAGAGGAGGAUUUUGA